UGAUACAAGACACCUCCAGCGCUUUCAUUGCCUUAGUCAGAAUCACUGCCGACAUUGAACUUGCGCUAGGCUGCAACUCUUCUGUCAGCAAUCCCGACUCACGGGAACUUGGCCCAAACAUCCUCACAAGGCGCAUCGUCUCUCUCUUCAAAUCCCGACGAUUCAAAGCCCAUCACUCAUUUACAGUACUUAUCCUUGCAUCUCCCAUCAUGGCCAGCGGCGCACAGUCAUUCUAUGAGCUCUACCGCCGGAGCAGUAUCGGCCUUGCCCUGACCGACACGCUCGACGAUCUGAUCAGCGAGGAGCGCAUCCACCCGCAGCUGGCAAUGAAGAUCCUAGGCAACUUUGACCAAGCCAUCACCGAGGCGCUCCAGAAGAACGUCAAGAGCCGGCUCCAAUUCAAGGGAAGCUUGGAUACAUACCGAUUCUGCGACGAAGUUUGGACUUUCCUCAUCAAGAACGUGACGUUCAAGAUGGACAACGGCAGCGUGUCUGUUCAGGCGGACAAGGUCAAGAUUGUCAGCUGCAACGCGAGGAGACCCGGCGAAGGACAGUAAACCACGACAAAGGAAUUACGUGCUUAUAUACAUGCCGAUGGACGGGAAUGGGUCAAGGACAGAUACAGCAGGGAGACAUACCAUCAAUAUCGGCAAUGGGACUGGCAGUUUACGGCGUUUUGGGGGGUUUACGGAUACACGGACAAGGCAUUGAUUCCUCUUUUCAGCAAAUAUUGGGAAACUGGGUCUUGAUUGGGCCAUGGAUGAAAUAGACAAGAUGAAUAAUACAUAUUUACUGAGGAUAUUCUUGUGUUGAGGGCC